UACAAAAACAAAAACCUGUUCUACUGGCAUACUGUGUUCUCUAUAAAUAGUUCUUAUCGUCUGUAUGCACACACUUGAUAAGUUCGCCACAAGCUAUUUAGUUCGUCUUUUGUGGAGCUGUUUGAUAAGUUGAGGUAAUUUGAAGUUGGGGGGUUAUUUGAAAUUGUGGAAAGUGGUCGUAAUAACCAGGUUUUCCAAGUCCGUUUAAUUUGUGUAAUAUGGCUGACUUACCCGACAUCCUGCUUAAGCUUUUCAGCUACAUCGACAACAACAAGGAGCAAUAUAUCACUGCCCUGAAGGCAGCGGUUGCUAUACAAUCGGUUUCUGCUUGGCCUGAUAAGCGUGAUGAAAUACAAACUAUGGUGCGGUUAGUCGCUGAUAAGUUGCGUAGCCUUGGCGCUGAAGUGGAAUUGGCUGAUAUCGGAAGUCAGCGGUUACCAAAUGGUAAAGAAAUUCCACUUCCGCAUGUGAUUUUGGGAACACUGGGAAAGGAUCCAAAAAAGAAAACAGUUAUAGUUUAUGGACACCUGGAUGUACAACCUGCUUUAAAGGAAGAUGGCUGGAAUACUGAACCUUUUGAUUUAACUGAGAUCGAAGGAAAGCUGUAUGGCCGAGGUGCCAGUGAUGACAAAGGCCCUGUUUUAUGUUGGUUACAUGCAAUAGAAGCAUUCCAAAAACUUGGGAUUCAGGUGCCUGUUAACUUAAAAUUUGUUUUCGAGGGCAUGGAGGAAAGUGGAAGUGAGGGUCUUGAUGAUCUCUUAAUGGCUCGAAAAAAUGAUUUUUUAGCAGAUGGGGACUACGUUUGUAUCUCCGAUAAUUAUUGGCUCGGCAAGAAACGUCCAUGUUUGACGUACGGACUUCGUGGCUUGGUUUAUUAUACGAUUGAGGUUGAGUGUGCCGUUAAAGACCUGCACAGUGGUGUUUUUGGUGGCACAGUACACGAAGCAAUGCCAGAUCUCUGUUACCUAUUGAGUCAACUAGUAGACAAGGAUACAAACAUUUUGAUUCCAGGCAUUGACAGAGAUAUUUCACCUUUACUACACAACGAAGACCAAAUAUACCACAAUAUUGAUUAUGAAGUUGAUGAAUAUAAAAAAGAUAUCGGGGCUUCACGUCUACCACAUAAUGAGGACAAAACCAAGCUACUGAUGCAUAGAUGGCGUUACCCAAGCCUUUCCGUUCAUGGCAUUGAAGGCGCUUUUUACGAACAUGGCGCAAAAACCGUCAUUCCAGCUAAGGUCAUCGGCAAAUUUUCUAUACGUUUAGUACCUAAUCAAAAUCCAGAACACAUCACAGAAUGUGUGAUUGAUUACUUGAACGCGAAAUGGCAUGAGCGGGGCUCUCCAAACAAAAUGAAGGUCAACCUCGUUAGCAGUGGCAAACCUUGGACUGAAGAUCCAAACCACCCUCAUUAUGAGGCUGCCAAAAGAGCCAUCAAACACGUGUUCAAAACUGACCCUGACAUGACUCGAGAAGGUGGCUCUAUACCUAUAACAUUGACACUUCAAGAAGCCACUGGUAAGAAUGUUAUCCUGAUUCCUGUGGGAGCUUGUGAUGAUGGAGCACACUCUCAAAAUGAAAAAAUAGAUAUUUUCAACUAUAUAGAAGGUACAAAGCUUCUUGGAGCUUACCUGCACGAAGUUGGGAAAUUAGAUUGAAAUUUCGAAUUAAUUCCACUUACAUCACAGGGAUAACAAUUAUGCAGUAUAUAUAUCAGCAUUAACACUUUGAUAACAAUUUUUAACGUGCAAUAAAAAUGUACUGAACAGAAUUUUUAAACUAA